AUGCUCAAACGUGGUCGUGACUUGCCGAGGAGCAGAUCGUGCAGGAGAAUAGCGAUACUUGUCCAUUCCGGAGGGAUGUUUUUUGGCAACAGAUAAUUUUUGCAACAUAUUAGAACCGAGCAAUGUGAACUGGAGCGAUUGAUUGUCUCGACCACAGUCUCAAUCGAUCGUUGGUGUCGUGCGGAGUUCUAGUCCCCGUUUUAUGUGCCUUGGCUGUGAUUUUCGGAGUAAUACAAACAAAAUGGUCUCUUUGAACGUUUAUCUUUUGUUGCUGGCCGGUGUCCAGUUUGCCAUGACUGCUCCAAACCGCGAUCGACGCCGUCAAGAUACGGAAGGCUGUUCGAGGAGUUCGCCGGAUCUGAACGAGUGUGUCGGAAACUCAAUACAGUAUUUUGUUAACUUUAUGGCUAGUGGAAAGAUAACGCCGAAAGUGGCGAUCACCGCGUUUGAUCCUUUGCUGCUGCCUAACAUGACGAUCAGUCAUCAGACGAAGAAUUUCAACGCCAUUUACGUCAAUCGGUAUCUGCUGGGUCUGAAAAAUAGUUUUAUUUACGACACGAGCGUCGAUCUGGACAAAUUUGAUUUUAGUACAACAUUCCUGAUGCCUGCGUUGGAGCUUCUCGGAAUGUACUCUGGCGAAUCGCUUGACGAUCAAGAAGCUACUGAAAAUUCAAUCCUAACGAUCUCAGUUCGAAGUUCAACGGCCAAAUUUCGCGUGAAAGGCGAACUCUUCAAAUCAGCAGCACGCGUAGAAUUCCUCCGACUGAACGUAACCGACGUGGACCUGACGAUGGGUCCGUACGUGAUCAAUGACCUGGACCACAGUACCCACAUUCCCCGAGUGAAUCGACAUUUCAACAGCAUUCCACGGCCCGAAUUCGUCAAACUGAUCGAAAAAGACCUCCGAGUGCAGCUUAGUUCCCGGCUGCAGCACAUUGCAAACGAAGUGCUCGCGUUGGCGCCAUACGAAAAGUUUUUCCCUGUAUGAAAGCACGACACACGAUAAUAAAGCGCAAAGAUCCUCCUCACACUCA